GCCGCCGUCGAGAGUGGACGCGUUUUCGCCAGCUCUUCGAUAAUACAUUUUACGCCGCCAUAUCCUCGGCUAAUUCCAGUAAAGUUUUCGCGGAGAAAUAUUAAAAAGCAUUACACAACGAAUUCCAAUCGCGUAAGUCGCCAGCGUGAUCAAAACAAAACGGGCAAUAAAUCUGCAAUCACACGAGCAUGCGUGCAUGAAGAGGAACAAUAACAAAAUCAACAAUAAUAAUCGCAGCGCUGGCAAAAGUACAGAAAGAGAAAAAGUGUGCAAAAUAUAUAAAUAAAUAAGUCCGGCACCCAUUCCCAUUCCAAUUCCGACUUUGGUGCGGUAGGUAAUGACACAUUCGGCAAGCGGCGCACGUAUCUAGAUGCGAACGAGCCAGCGAAAAGUAUCUGAAUCCAUCAGUGAAAAUCCGCGGAGCCACGACUCCGCCUUUUGCCACCCGCGUAGUUCACUAAUAUAUGUGCUUUUGAACGCCGCAUUAAAUAGCAAUAAACAAAUUAUUUGAAAAUCCACCAUGGAGCUGUCGCGAAACCUCCUCGCCAAACAAUCAAAAGAUGUGGAGUUCCAAGAUGUCUUCUACACAGUUAAGGAACGCAAGAACUUCUGGCGCGUAACCGGGGAGCGUCAAAUUCUGAACGGAGUCAGUGGCAGCUUCCGGAAUGGACAACUUUCGGCGAUCAUGGGACCCUCGGGAGCCGGAAAAAGCAGUUUGCUUAAUGCGAUUUCGGGUUUCAGACGCGAUGGAGUCACGGGAAGUAUUAAGAUCAAGAGGGACAAUGCCUGUUAUAUCACUCAGGACGACCAUCACCAAACUCUUUUAACUGUGGAGGAGCUAAUGAAUCUCGCCUGUGAUCUCAAACUGAAGCAGCGCCACAAAAAGGCAGAAAUCAUGACAGACAUCCUUGAGAAUCUCAACCUGAAUCACCGGCGAAAUGUUACAGCGGAAAAGUUGAGUGGCGGAGAGCGAAAGCGAUUGUCCAUCGCCUUGGAAUUAGUGGACAAUCCCAAUAUAUUUUUCCUGGAUGAACCAACCAGUGGUCUGGAUGAGGUGACCGCAGCCCAGUGCAUCCGAUUGCUGCAGGCGAUGGCCUACGAGGGUCGCACGAUCGUAUGCACCAUCCACCAACCUUCGGCGACAAUCUACAACUACUUCGAUAGCAUCUAUGUCCUGGCCAAAGGACACUGCGUUUACCAGGGCAGUCCUCGGGCCACCAUUCCAUUUCUAAGAUUGGCUCAGCUCGACUGUCCCAUACAUUAUAGUCCCUCGGAUUACAUUAUUGAACUGGUGGAUGCGGAGGAUGGCCACCUGGUGCCAGGACUCAGCGACCUAACCGAAAAUGGCAAGCUGAUCUACGCGGUAAAUGCGUCGGAUCAGUUGGGAGCCACGCUGACAUCUCAGCAGGCGGUGACCACGAUGUUCGUGGAACAGCAGAAGCGUCCGUUCCUGCCCUCCUUUUUUGCCGGCAGUGCCGCCUCCACGGAUGGUUCACUAAUUGGCGGCACGAGUGCGCUUGUGGAACAGGUUAAGGCCUUCUCCCGGCGACUCAACUCGGAUCGACGGGAUGUAUCUGGAGUGCGGCAGUUCAUGGUGCUCAUGAGGGUGAUGCUGCUGCGGAUAACCCGUGCCCGUUUGGCCCUGACCAUCCAGCUGUUCCAUCAUUUAUUGUGUGGCUUGUUCUUUGGCUUGAUAUUCUUCCAGUUGGGCAACCAGGGUGCUCGGAUGUUCGAUCACCUGAAAUUCUGCAUCGGUGCUGUUCUUAUGAUUGUGUACACCCAAGUGAUGGUGCCCAUUCUGAGCUAUCCCGCUGAGGUGAAGGUGGUCAAGAAGGAGACCUUCAAUCGCUGGUACACCCUGACCCCUUACUAUAUGGCAUUGACGAUAUCGCGUCUGCCACUUCAGGUGCUUUUGAAUAUCACCUUCAUGGCGGUCACCUACUAUAUGUCCGGAUUGCCACAGCAGUUUUGGCGCUUUGGAAUUUUCGUGGCCGUGGGCUUGAUGAUCUCUCUGGUUGCCGAGGGAAUGGGAUUGGCCAUUGGAGCCACCUUUAGCAUAACGAAUGGCAGUGUGGUGGGUCCCAUGAUGAUAGCACCUCUUAUGGGACUGGCGGUCUACGGAUUCGAUUUCGCACCCCAAAUCUCCGGAGGAAUGCAACUUCUGAUGAAGUUCAGCUACGUGCGAGUGGGCGUGGUCUCUCUUGUUUUGGCCGUCUUCGGAUUUCAUCGAGAGGAGCUCGACUGCGAUGAAAUCUACUGCCACUUUAGCGAUCCCCGCGUGCUUUUAAAGUUUUUGGACGUGGAAAAGGUUUCCAUGCUGCACCAGUUCGGGCUGCUGGCCAUGCUGAUGCUCUUCUUCCGGGUGAUGAUGUACAUCAGCCUGCGAAAGAGAUGCUACACCUGAUUUUGCAACCAAAACACCAGAUGAAUCUUAAUCUCUAAUUGUAGCCAAUGUCAAUGCUGUGAUGUUCGAUUUUAAACAGACAGAUAGAUACUCCCUGUACAUAUGUGAAUAUACACCAUUCCCCUGACAAGACAAAUGUUAACAUAAAUAUAAGUUAGUUUUAAGUUAGAAUACUAGUUGACGCCUGCAAACAUAUCGAAAUUAAAAAUAACAGAGCGGAGCCUAAAAUCAAUGAUGUCGAAAACAAGCAAUUAUCUUAAAUGAAAUUUAGUUAGCCGACUUAUUUUUUGAUCUUGUUUAGAAGGCGACCAUAUUUUGUAUAGUUUUCGUGGGUAAAGUAAAGUUAUACAAAUUUGACAAGAAUAAAACUAAUGUCUUGGAUAUUUAAUAUGA